AUGGCCGCCGUUCAACGUAAAUUGGUUCACAAGCAAUUCAAUUCCCCAAUCGGAUUAUAUUCGCAGCAAAAUGUCAAUGAGACAUUGAGUCGUGAGCUGAAGGCUUUCGGCGCAGAUGGGAUUGAAGUUGACCCAGAAAUCUCUAAGCCAUUGAACUUGGCCAAUUCGGCUGUGCUGCGCGCCGUUGAAGAAGAAGAGCAAAUGAAGUGCGACGUUGCUUGCAAACGGCAGAGUCGCCCACGGCAGCGCCGACUCCACCCUCCGGAGUCGGACUACUAUCAGCAGUACUACGAACAAGCCUUGCACACACCGGUGCACCAACAGCAGUUGGAACAAAUCAAAACGCAGUACCUGUACCAUCAGCACGACAUCACCAUCGACCGUGAUACCGUAUUGAAGAUAAAUCGUCUUGCCACACGCAGGAAUUUACAUAAACGCGACCACAGCUGGCCGCCUCCGAGCAGUGAUUACGCAGUGCAGGGAGAGGUAGUCGAUGUGCGGACUGGCGAUGCGGCAGCGUGCCGUGAUGGAACGCAAUCACUCACACAUUCACGCAGUUCUUCGAAAGACCAGCAGACCAUGAGCACUAGCUGCAGCAUCUGCAACAACAAUGCCGUACACUUUGCGGAGAGCGUUUGUAAGCGGCACGGUAUCGAUGCGAUACGUGAGAAAUUCAAUAGUCCCACGCGAAUAAUUGAACCGACGCCCACCGAGUUGCGGCAACGCAAUAAAAUGGAGCAAUUGCAAUUGCAAAAGCAAAAGGUUCAACAAAAUGCGACAAAUAAAUCAGCGCGUGUCGCCGUUAGCUCCCGCGAGACGCGCGCCAACGUCUGCACUGUUGGCACCGGUGCGACGCAACAAACAUUGACAAAUGUGCACAAUAACAUGGCCAAUACAUCAUCGGUCAAUGCGGCUGCAGAAUCUUUUAGCGACACAAAAAAAACUAGCUGGCCUGCAGCCAUGAACAAGGAUGUGGAUGGUGAAGCACUGACUGAUGUCGCCACCACUAGCAACGACUACGAUGAUGUAGAUGACUAUAAUACGCCGGUGGCGCGUGGCUUCUCCGCACCCGAAACCAAAGCGGCUGACGUGAAUGUCGGGCUGGUAGAGCCACGUUGCCAUUACUUCGAACAAUUAGCGCGUCGUGAGGGUGGCGCACCUAAAAAAUGGCACAGUUAUGACAAUAUUGCCGCAGCCACGGCGGUGCAGCAACCAAUCACCGCCACAGAAAAUACUACAAAAACCGGCAUCAAUAAUAAUCGACAAUCACAAUCGCUAGAUCGAGGGCGCACGCAGCAACAGCGUAGACGCGAACAGUUGCCGCCACUGAAACCACGCUUCGGCGGAGGAGGAAGUAGUGGCAACAGUCCCGCAGCGCGUAUUACACCAGCGAAUAGCGUCACGGAAGUCAAUAUAAUGGCAUGUAAUAGCCAUGACUCUGCCGCUGGCAGUGGUCGAGCUGCAGUGACAAAACCAACAGCACCGACGGGCAAUUCAUCAAAAUCGGGUGGUGGGAUAUCACCACGGAUACAGCGGCGAGCUAUUAAAUUGGCUACAGAAAUAAAAAUUUGUUACAAUGACAUGGAUGCUGAUGAAGGGCCUGAUGCAGCUGCUAGUUAUCGCAACGAUAGGGGCGUCAUGGCUGCCGGUGACAAGCGUGAUUUGCGAGCUAAAGAAGUAGCAGCCGCAGAGCAACAAAACGUGUCGCGCACAUACGCAAUGGGCGAAAAUAUUUCGGGCGCAAAGUCAAUUAAAGCGCGGCAGGCUAGCGAUCUGGAGCACAUACCGCUGCCACCAACGCCACAAGAUGCGAAAGAAGCGACGCAGACGGAAAAACAUACGACAAGAUGUAAAAUUGGUGAUGCGAGCUCAGCGCGCACAUUUGAAGUACAAGGCACUCAAAAGCAAUUACAUCAAAAGCAGCAGAAGCAACUAAAACAGGAGCAUCGUAGUAGCAAAGAAAAUAACUUGAGGCAAUACACACCACACACAGCGCGCAUCAUACCUAUCGACGUAGAGAAGGACAAUGUCACACCGCACACGGCCAAAUAUCAGGCCACGCCGCGUCGCGACCUAAGCACCGUUAGCGCAGACCAACUCUACGAUGACGCCUGCAUCUACUUACGUUCUAUAGAUUUAGAAGACCGCACGGUGGCAUACAUACCAGCCGCCAUUACCAUAGUCCCCUCGCCGACGGAGGAGAUGCUAAGGCAAUGGGGUGCGGGCGAUCAGCCGCAGAACCUCAAAGCGGGUAUAGUAACGCGGCGAGAGCAGGAGAAGCCCAUAGCGCGAUCAACGGACGCUAUGAAGCAAACAACGCCAACACCACCAUCGCCACCAGUCACUCAACGCAGCUCAUCGCUCACCAUUGCCAGUACACCAAGGCAAGUGGCGCACAAACAAUCAGCGAAACAGAGUAGUUUAUUGAAAAUGCCAACAGCGGCAGCAACGGGCUUUUGCAGCGGCAACUAUGCGACCACUAAUGAAAAUUUAAGGCAGUCAACCGCUGGCGCUGCAAGCAGUGGCAAAAAUAUUAAUAACCAGCGCGACGAUAGUGCCAAUAAAAUGGAUAAAUUUUCGGAAGUGUCAAAUAAAGCACAUCAAAUAGAGUGCAUACCACAUGCCACCCAAACGCCCACAUACAAUACCGCAGGCGCAGGGCAUCAAUCGAGCCACAGAACAGGACUGCGUAAUCGCCAACCACAAAAGCCACUAAGAACGGCUGCAAAAGCCAACGAAAAUGAAGUUGCCAAAAGUAAAAUCCAUGCAACAGUAGCACAGCGAGGCCAACAGAAAACGCGGCUCGAGCGCCCUCGUGGCAUUUAUUACACUGAUGGUGAGUACUUGUAUGGUCCCUUUGGAGAGACGCCUGAUGAGUGUGAAAAUCCGGUCACACCGAGAAUGGAGAAGGCAACAACAACAGAACCAUUGAAAUCCGGUAUAGCCGCAAGUGACAAGCAACGAAACUGUGUUGAUGGAAAUGAGUGGGAAAUGAGCAGCAAUGCGUUGAAAGCCCAGCAGCAGCAGCAGAAGGGAUUGGACAGGCAACAGCGCAUAACAAUGCCCACAGCGGUGAUUUCGAAAGCGCCAGCGCCAAGGCCAAUAUCAGAACUAUUGGCAGUGUCAGCACCAGCGCAACAAGAGGAAAAUGCAGUCGAAAUUGCGGCGCUCGAGGCGAAAUAUGGACUCUUUCAGCAAUCUAUAGCAGAACACCUUAGACAGAUUGACGCUUAUAUGGAGAAUGCAAAAUUGGCGCUUAAUCGCAGCUUACCGCUACAAAAACACGAGGAUGAGCAGCCAGGUGACAAAGGACAGCAGGCAUUGCAACAGCCACGUGCAAUACAGCAACAAAUCGAAACACAACGCAAACCAUCUCAGCCAUUAGAUAAACAAGCUGCAACAACCGCACUGCCGCCACUGGAAAGUCCGCUGCAAACACUUGCCCGCCAGUUGCUACCAAAACAGGAGCUGCAUGUGCUUGACGCCGCGGCUGACAAUACGGCGGUAUCGGCAACACUCAUACGCCCUGUUGUACUCGAAAAUAUGCCUGUGGUUGAGCAGGCACUGCAGGAUUUGUCUGACAUAAAGGUGGAUAGUGUAGAGCCGAAAAGCAAAGUGGCUAAACUAGCUGCCAAGCAUGUGCCACUGAGCUCAGUGAGGCAAGUAGAUACCGCCGUUGAAGGCGGCAGCAUGCUACAGCCGUUAAUGCGUCGCUUGAUUGCGGUACCCACUGUCACCCCUCACGCGCUGGAUGCGGGUAAUGCGCUGCAGUUGUUGACUGUCGAACAUCACUUUGCGCCCACGGCAACGUGGCCCAAACGUGUGACAAUAUUGGAAAAUCUUGAGGAAGUGAGUGUAGCUGCUGGGCGCAAACCCACAAAUAUCGUCCUAAUUGAAAUUGAAGAGGACGAUAAGCUGCCAAAUGUUACCGAUGAGAUUGCUGUGGUAAAUGACAAAAUUGAUGACAGCGAUAAUUGCGAGCGUGCUACAGAUAACAUCAGUCGUAAUGACAUUUCUGAGCUGGAAGAUAUUGAAACCAAUGCCGAAGUGAUUAAGCCAAAUGAAAAUGGAAAUUUCGAGAACAUACAGUGUGCGGCAAGUGAGCGCAGCGGCAAAAGGACGGCAGGACAGGGAGUUAGUAAUAGAAAAUCUGGUGACGCAAUUCAAACAAAAAUUGGUGAUAAGGCAGUGGCUGAAGGCGGAAAAGCAGUUGCCGCCCCUGAGCAUGUGGUCGAUGUCGUAGCCAAUUAUGAGCAAAUAGCCCAAGUGCAGCACAACAUGCCAACACCGGCAAUAGCAAAAACAACCGCAGCAACUUCAAUGAAGCAGCAAGGACAGUGUGAUGAGCAAUCACAAAAACAACAACCAAAUCAGCAGGUUGAGCCAGCCAAACUACUACGGGAAAGUUGGGCUGUCGGCGCCCUAAGACCCAAAGAUAAACCUGCAGCAACCACAACGCAAUCUGCACCCACCACACCUGUACCAAGACGACGCACAACUUCCAUUGCAGUGGAAGGAAAAGAUUCAACGACAAGCAAAACCACAACACAAACAGCUGCAAUGCUAGCAGAUAAAGGAGGAGAUUUACAGCUCGGGCCCGAAUCCCACCGUUGCUUGAAUGAGUCACUGCAAAGACAACAGCAGCACGUACGACUGCAGCAGGAGCAGCAACUGCACCGGCUAAAGCAAUCACAGCAGGCUUCCCAGACACCGGUAUUGCCUACACCACCACUCCGCGCGGGCAGCUUGCCAAAAGAGUUAUGCAAAAAUGUGGUUACCGGUUAUAUUUCUACGCAUCAAUCGCAGGAGCAGCUGGUCGAACAGGUGAUUGAUGUGCUGCAGCACGAUGCGACCACGGAGGAGCUCGAAGAAAAGCACAAGCCUGCAAAGCAGCAACAGCCGCAUGGAGAACAAGCACCAGGCGAGCGUGAAGAAGCGACCAACAAUCAGCUUAAAAUUGGCGUUGAAAACAAAACCUCAAAUCAAGAUUGCCUACGAACUGACUUAGUUGAGGAACAACAGCAAGCAGCCGGCUGUGUUACGCAACAACUAAGUCAACAGCAAUCAGCAAGUGUGCCAAUAAUGAAAAGUAAGCGAAAAUUAUGCAGCCAACAAGGCGCACAGUCAACGGAAAGCUCGGUAGACACCAAAUCAGCGCGCAGCACUGUGGCGGCAGCAGCGGUCGCAGCAGCAGCAUUGGCAGCACAAAAGGUGCCGAAAGAAGAGACAAAACUAAAAACUACAUGCGAUGAGAAGUGCAGCGAACGAGUUAUAACUGGGCAGCGUGGCAAAUUAAAACUGCACAGCCAGGCACAAAAGGACGCUGGUACAAAUGUGCCGCAGCAGGAGGACACCUUCGACACAUACAAAGCCACCUACGAGAUACCAAGCCCCAUAUUUAAACAGCAACUCGCAUGGCAGACGUUGGUAGAUGUGCCACAAAAGGUUUUGAGCGGACGUACUGCGCUCACGUCCGCCACUUCUUAUAGAGCAGAGAGACAAAAGAGGGACAAUGAAGUGCAAAUUGAUGCAGUUAGCCAGACAACAAAGACAAAAGCGGCAGCAGUAAGUGAAAACAAUCAGUCGCAUCCAUCGCCGCUGCAGUCAUUCAAACAGCAAUCAACGACUUCGCGCUUGUCCCCAGCUCAGUCAAUUGGAAGCGAGCGCACACGUACCUCCGCACAGCAGCCACAUCGCAGCGGCUCUCGCAGUCGCUCCCCGAGUCCGUACCCAACACGUGGCAGCCGCUCACCCACACGCAAAUACCCGGCUGCAUUAAUUGAGCCUCAUCCGCCCAAGCGUGCAGCUUCACCUUUUGGACUCAAUCCGCUUGACAUUACCGAAUUGAUUGAUGAAGCUGCUGAAAGUCAUGCUGCAGCUGAUGUAGAUAGUGGUGCCGCAAAACGGAUGGAGUUGGAAGAAGCUGCAGCAAUUGGCGCCAGUACCGAUGCGAGUACGAAUUUAGCCGAAUUUGUGCCGCAGUUGGAGGGUCACAAUGUUGGUUUGUUGGUGCGUGCGCCUAUCACCGAGCAGCAACAGCGCAUUGUUGUGCUACCCAAGCAAAUUGAAAUGGGCAAUGCACUCACGCACAGCGCGGUCACGCAUUAUGCUGAUGCAGAGGCCAGCGCGGAGGAUGACAAUGACGGCGGUCAUGAUGAGCAGCCACUACAGGCAGAGUCUCGACGCUACUACAAAAAAUACAAAACUCGAACAGUAACAACAGCAACACUAAAAACAACUCUUUCUUCCACACCAGCUCCUUCAUCAUCGGCGACGUCUUCAUCAUCAGCACAAAAUAUAGGUGCAAUGCCUGUGAACAAGUCGCACGAUGUCGAGUCAGAAACAACAGCCAAACAAACACAGACUCACAAAGCAACACUCACACAAGCACACUUAAUAGCUGACAGCAGCGUAACUGAUUUAGCCUCCACCGCAACGGGGAAAUUGCGAGUACCGGCUCAAUUGCAUGAGUCCUGCGCCCAGCCUGCGCAUCAAAAGGGAUAUCAGCAAGAGGAAGUUGCACCCGCCAACAGCAGUCAGCUACAAAGCCGGGAUGUAAUCGGGGAUCCAGCUGCGAUGUUGCAUCAUCAGUGCACCACAUUGCCACGUGAGAGUGGCAUAAUUAAUCGUUCGUUCGAUAAUGUUUCACCGCGUCCGUACAUCACCGUUGAAGGUUAUAAGCGCGUUGCUUGGCCACCCGUAUCGGAAGAGCGUGUCGUUAGGGAAUUCACGCCACAACCAACAUCUGGUCAUUAUCCUGUAUCGGGUUCGCAACAACAACAACAACCACCAGCGCAACAGCAUCAGCCACAACACUUGCAGCAGCAGCAGCAGCAGCAACAACCACCAUCUCAUUAUCAACAACAACAACCGAACGCUGCGCCAGCCAACCAGUAUCGUGCCACAUCAUACGAUCAAUAUCAACCUCAACCUCAACAAUAUCAGCCACAUCAGGGCUCACAGCCUCCUUAUAGCCAACAGCCCUACUAUCAGCCGCCGCAGCAGCAGCCAUCUUGGGCGCAUAAUCAGCCAAUUCAGCAAUAUCAGACAGUGCAGGCGCCUUAUCAACAGGCACCGUCUCAACAACAACAACAAUAUCAAGCGCCUCCUCCAUCUAAUUAUCAAUCGCAACCAUAUCAUCAACAACAAUAUCAAGCACCUCCUCAACAUCAACAACCACAACCCCAGCAAUAUUCGAAUGUGCCACAAUCCAAUCAAUAUAAUUCUUAUUCACAGCCUCAACAACAACAACAACAACAACCACCCGUUGGCCAAGAUCAGCCCGAUCGUCGUACACCGGCUCAACAACAACCUCUGCCACAAGAUUAUCGCGGCGGCAGUCCUGGAAUAAUUACGUUGCGCAAGGAGGCGCCUGUAACGCAGAGGCCAGCACCGGUUUACAACUCACAACCAGCGGCCGUUAGCUUUCAAGGAGGCACCAACAUGCGCGGUGACUUGAAGUGGCCACCACCGGAAUACAAGGAAGCCGCGGUGCGGGAAAACGAAGAACGCCGCAAAUUGGCUUUGGGACCGGUAUGCCGCCCACGGAAAGUCAAUCGCGACUAUACAUCGUUCUUUUCUAAAAAUGCACUGAACAGCUACUAUCCCAGCUACAAAGUACCACCAGGUACACAGCAUAUGUUGGCCUAAAAAAUAUGGAAUACACAGCUGGAAUGAAAGACCCUGCAAGCAAAGGAAAAACACAAAUAAAACAAAAUAAAAAAUAUAUUACAAUGAAAAAAUACCACAAAAAAAUAUAUGAAAGAGAGAAAAAUAACGAACAAAAAAAUGUUACUAAUUGUACAUUUUAACGAAAUGAAAGAAACAUCAACUAAUCACGAACUAACCAAAAAUAAAGCCCUCAAUGGGUAGAUAACAAAUUAUAGAAUUUUAUUUAUUAUUUACUUAUAUUAAUUAUGAAGCAUAAAAAAUUAAAAAAAAAACUACGCCAAAUAUAAACUAACGAAUUUUGUUCUCAAAUCUGUACAUUAUGAAACAAGGAGACGAAAGAAGAAAAAAAUAGAUCCCUUAAGGAAUAAACCCAAUGCUAUGGAGUGAGUAGAAAUCUCAGAGGAGCUCUACGGCUGUACGGCUGUGCUCAACGAAGCUGGGGUACGUUAAAAACUGCAAAUUGAUACACGGUACUUGACACCUACAACAACUACGCGUGCCACGGAUUCAAUGAAACACAAGCUGUAAUAGCGGUAAUGAACUGCCAUUGCACUUUUAUUUUGUAUAGUUAAAAAGUUUUUAUUAUUUAAAAUGUUUUUAUUUCUUCCUUUUUUAUUUUACAACACGAAUGUGGUGAAUUUUUUGGAUUGCCAGCAUUUACAUGUACGAAAGUAAGUUUAAUGCUGGCGGAAAAAAUUGAAAUUUUUUUUAAACUUAGAUAUAGGAAAAACCAAACGACGUCCACUCGAUGUAAAUUAGUUUUGUAUACAUAAAUACUUGGAAGCUUGCGGAGGUGAGUACGCUCACUUUUGUAGGUGAAAAACGUACAAGCGCGUUCUUGCAAAAUCGGAACGCAAAAAAAAUGAGUUUUCAAAUUCAAAUUUUUAAUUCAGCUGGUACUCUUAAUACCAAUUAAAACUCGAAAGAGGAAAAUAUCACAACUUUAAACUGAAAACUAAAGAAAUUUAAAAAAAAUAAAAUCUUUGUUGCGAACUUUGGCUUACCGAACUAUGGUUUUAAGUGAUUUUGACACAACGGAUAAUUUUUUAAUGCUAACAACUUCUUGGAAAAGUAAAACCCUCUGAAGUUGUGUUUUACUUUGUUUUUUUUUUUUUUUAAUUUGGUUCAUGGUUUAAUAAAAUGUGAAAAUAUUUUAUUUAUUUUAAUUUUAAACUUGUUAUUGCAUAAUGAAAAAAAAAUCUAAAAAAAAAAUAUAAUAAAUAAUAAUUAAUAUAUUAAAAAAUAUAUUGAAUAUUAGUUUUCUCCAUUUAUUAUUAAGUAAAAAGAGCAUACCUAGUAACUAGUAAAAGCAGCCGGUUCGACGAACAGCACCAGGUUGCCAACUUUAGUUCUUAAGCGUAUUAAAGAAAUAGAAAAAAAAAAAACAUACUAUACACAUAUGAAUGUGUACAUAUAUAGGGAAGCAUAUUCACAGGAGCAGCGUAAACUUACGCACGAGCUUUCACUUCUGCUUCUGUGUGUUUACAAACACUAAGCUAUAUUUACAUAUAAAUACACAAAAAUGUGAAAGCUAUGUAACAAUUUAGCUUAUAUACAUACAUAGCUAUUGGAUGCUAUUAAGAAAUAUACUCAAACAAUUAAACAUCACCCAAAAUUGAGCAAAAAAAUUUUGAGCGAAAAAAUAUUUAGUUAGACAAAAAAAAACUUUGUCGGCACACUCAUUGCAUUAACGCCUUUUGUGCCUUUUGGCGUGGCUACCUACGGCAGGUGAGCGUACGCCCUGCAGACUGUAACUUUUUAACACCGAGGAUGCCAUUAUAGCCUUUAGGGCCCGCCAGCUUGCCUUAAGUUUGCUACGCCCGAUCGCACUUUUGAGCGUCUAUACUGAACAUGUAAAUGAAAUAAAGAAUUUAUAAUAUAUUUUUUUUUUUCAUAAAUCCAACAAUCUCACAUACAUAUAUAUAUUCAAAUAUGCACAUCUUAUGUGUGUAUUUGUAUUUUAUAGUAUGCACUCGAAACGAACUACCGGCAAAUUCGUACUGGCUUUACGACUCGAUUAUGACAAAAAAUAUUUAAUAUUACUUUAUUGCGAAAAACAAACAUACAUACAUAAGUAUGUAUGAGAACACAUAGCGAAUGAUUUAUCUACAUCCCCAAAUCAUUCAAUAUGAAAAACACGGAAAAUCUCUAAAAAAAAAA